GCUAACUCACUCUUCCAGCAGCAGGUGUCUAACCUUUUGGUGACUUGCAGCAUGUCUGCGACUGUACCCGCCCAGGCUGACCAGGUAGCCAUCGGAGACUGGCUUUCCUCCAGUUCCUCCAACUACCUGGUCCUGUCUUUCCUUGGGCAGGGAACCGUUGCCAUCAAGAUGAUGACAAAUCGGGGCUCUUUAGUCCGACAGGCAGAAGAGGAGGUGGUCAACCUCCUAAAACUGAAAUCUCUGGAUUCGAACCAAUCCAACAUAGUUCGAUUCUAUGGAGUUUUUACCUGCCGAGGACACAUUUGCCUCGGGUUUGAGGCCCUUGACAAAAGUCUGUUUGACUUUAUGGAGGAAAAAGAGUUCCAGCCUCUCCUUUUGAAGGAAAUACGACCCAUCGUCCAGCAGAUCGCCGUUGCACUGGAGUACUUGAGGGCCGCUGGAAUAAUCCAUGCAGACCUCAAGUUGGAAAACGUCAUGCUGGUGGACCAUGCACAUGAGCUGUACAGGAUCAAAGUAAUUGACUUUGGCCUGGCCUGCCAUGUGUCAUCAACCAUGCUCGGCUCCUACAUCCAGACCCGCUACUACAAGUCUCCAGAGAUCAUUCUGGGUCUCCCGUUCACAGAGGCUGUAGACAUGUGGUCUCUGGGCUGCAUGGCUGCUGAGAUGUACCACGGCGAUCCACUCUACCCCGGCGGGCGCGAGUACGAUAUGAUGAGGUACAUGGUGGAGACUCAGGGUCAGCCACCAGACCAUCUGCUGACCCUCGGGCUCAAGACUGACCACUUUUUCCGGGCACGUGGUCAGAAAAAGCCCACCACCCGUCUCUUUGAACUCAAGACACCAGAGCAGUACCACAGAAAAACAGGGCAUCUGUCGGUGGAAACAAGGAGACGGAAACUUGAGUGUCUGUACGACCUCAUUAAUGUACAGGUUGCCAACCCAGAAAGUCCUGCUGAUAAAGUUGCGGUACGCAGCGAUGAGCUGAUAUUCGAGGACAUCUUAGACAAAAUGCUCGAACUCGAUGCUGCCAGCAGAAUUACACCACGCCAGGUGCUGGAACCUCAUCAGUUUGUCAGCAUGGACCACUUGGUUUGCAUGUACCGCGACAGCUCCCACGUUAAGUCCUGCUUUCUAUUAAUGGACUCCUGUCGGAAUAACACCCCGGCCUCCAACAGUGGGGAGCUAGAGAGCAGGUCUCUGCAGCAGGACCAUGCUAGGACCAGCCAACCCAUUCGGCAGAACAUUAGUCCCUUUGCUGAGAGGAAUUACCUCAGCCAGGCCGGCUACAUCAGCCCUCAUCCCUGCACUCAGACGUCAGGGAUGAAACGAAAGCCUGAUGAUGACGAUGGAUCUGAAGACCAGCCGUCCAAGAAGAGCAAGCCUGGAUGGUACAGGGGAAAGAACAACUGUCCAGCCACCUCCAGCAGCACCCUGUAUGCCAGCACUAACAUCCAGGCUAGAUCUGCUGCUGUGAGGAACCCUCCUGCCCAGCCCCUGAACCAGAGCGUCAACGGCCACUCCUCAGCGCCUCAGAGCAGCCAGGCCAAGAGCUCCAUUGGGUCAGGAGUUAAAAGAAAGGCUGAUGGUGAUGAUGAUCAUCAUCACACAGUAUCUGACCGAUAUAUAAGGUCACAUGAUGAUAGUAGGAGGUGCCGGAGAGACCACACAGGAACAUCUUCCCAAAGCUGCAACUCACCAAGGGUUAAGAGGAAGAGGUCUCAUGGUGACAACUAUGACUCCGAGAGGUCAGACCAUGAGAGCAAGAGGGUAAAGAAAAGCUCUGCAGCUCCAUCCACCUGCAGCAGCAGCAGCAGUUCAUGUACCCAGACUCUCCAUGUUCGGCCAAAUCGGAGGAUCAUUCCACCAGAGCACCACUGUCAGAGGGCACACGACUCAUCCAGCACCAUCAAUAAAUCAAUUUGAUUGAUUUAUUGAUUUAUAUUUUCUUAGAAGAGUGUCGUGCACCGAAUUUAGAUGCCCAGCCCACAUGGACUUAAUUGCUUGAUUAUGAUUACUUUGUCAGAAAUACUUGAAUGUCACGCAUGUUUUUGUUAUGUCAAAUGAUUGUUAUUGUCAGAGGGAUUUUGCACAGAUUGUAGUUUUCACUGCAGUGAAACAGAACAGCAAAGCUCAGGUUCUACUGUAUAUUAAAUAUUUUGACUGAACCUUUCUGAUCAUAAUGUCAUAAUUAUAUCAAAAUACAUGUUGAAAAGAUGUUUAGUAUCCAUUUGUGUUAUUCAUUCAUUAUUUUAUCAAUUUAUGAAGGUUUAAGGUGUAUAUAUAUAUAUAUAUAUUCACAUGUCAUCGGCACGAUUACAUAUCAUUAACAUGCUGUAGCCUAAAUAAGACGGGGACAUAGAUUUUUCUUUG